GCGGGGCGUGUGACGCGCGCGGGAUGCGGCUGCCGGCGGCGGUGCGGGAGCGGGUGGCUGCGGUGCACGGCGGCGUGGGGCUGGCCGAGUGCUUGCGGCUGUACGACGGCUGGGCCGCCUGCUACGAGCAGGAUGUGGCGGCUCUGGAGUACCGGGCGCCGCACCUGGCCGCCGCUUCGCUCGCCUUCGCCUUCCCCGCGCCGCCCGCAGAGGCGCGACUGCUCGACGUGGCCUGUGGCACCGGGCUUGUAGCGCGGGAGCUCCACCGCCGCGGCUUCCGAUGCCUGCACGGGGUGGACGGCAGCUCGGGGAUGCUGGAGCGGGCGCGGAGCACGGGGCUCUACCAGGAGCUGCGGCAGUGCGUCCUGGGCAGGGAGCCCCUGCCUGCACCCGCAGAGCACUACGACGCCGUGACUGUUGUGGGGGCCCUGGGCGAGGGGCAGGUGCCGAGCGCGGCCGUGCCGGAGCUGUUGCGUGUCACCAAGCCGGGAGGCUUUCUCUGCCUGACAACCAGGAGCAACCCCUCGAACCUGCGAUACAAGGCAGAGCUGGAGGCGGUGCUGGAGGAGCUGGAGAGGCAGGGAGCCUGGCAGAAGGUGCUGGUGCAGGAGGUGGAGCGCUGGGAGAAGGCCACCUCCGAGGAGGAGAGCACCCAGGGCACCGGCUACAUCUCCGGUGUGGUCUACGUCUAUCGGAAAUGCCCCGUGCCCCCCCUCGAGGAGGGUUGAGAGCCAACGGCCUCUGAGCUGGGGGUGAGCACUUGGCCCCUUGUGAAACCCAGUCCUGGAGCAGGGCAGCUGCUGUGGGGUGACAGCGGUUUUGGGGAGUCCCUGCAUUUCCUUCCCUGGCUCCUUCCCCCGGAGGUCUGGGCCCUGGGGACCUUGCCUGCUUUUCAACAUGGGGAGGGUCUCCUGGGCUCUGACAUUCAGGUGCUGUCCCCCACACCAUGAUGUCUCACAGACCCACCUGGCUGUCCAGAACCAUCUCCAGUUCGGGAUGUCUUCUCCUACAUGUCCACCUCUCAGCCCUCAUGGUCAAAAUCUGGAUUCUUCUUAAUCUUCCCCACCCCAGACCCCCGUGGUCUUUACCUGGGGACUGCUGGAGGAGGGUCCUGUGGUUUCCCAUACUUGUACCCCCAGGAGUUAAUCCAGCACCCAGGAGAACUCCACACCCAGACCAGGAGCUGCUGUGCCAAGACAACACCCAGCCAGAGAACUUUUCAAAGUGCCACAACGGCCUUUCAUCCUACAGCAGUUGCUUAAGUUUCUCAUUUUCCUACAGCUUUGUAGUUAAUGAUCUGGGUGGGAAAUAAGGCUGUAAGGGACUUGAGGAGCCGCCCAGCAUCUCCUGCCCAGCCUGUUUCCCAAGCCCCUCACCAUGCUGCUUCCACUCUUCCUCCUCCACUGCUCCCUUGGGAAGAUUUUUACCCAAAUCUCUUGAUGGGAUAUUUCUUUUUUCCCUUGUCUGUUCCUCCAGACCUGUUCUUGCUCGUCCGGUUCCCAUGGCCCUGGGGAACAGGUUACUUCCUUCCCCUCACAAGCUCUUGUGCCUGUAUCUAUCCCCAUCUCCCACCCAGAGCAUCUCAACCUCCCAAACUCAUGCUGCCCAUGGCUCUUGUCAUUCCUCCACAUUGCCCACCCCACCCCGACCAGAUCUUGGGGUCCCCUUCAUGGGUAGCUGCCCUGCUUCCCUCUCCCCCCUCUUUGUCCCCAGCACUGUCCCCUGGGCAGCUGGGUGUUGUGGCUGUCCCCAUCCCUGCACUUGGCUGUUUAAUAAACCCCUUGUCUGCCAC